UCCCACUCACUGUUAUCCUCGACCUUCUGUCAUCAUUUACCUGCCUAAUCCCUGAAGGUAGUGAGUUUCCUGUCACUGGAAGUCCACUUUUCCAUGCCCUUACUUGUGGGAGUUCUCACAGAUGCUGCUUCUCCUCUGGCUCAGAUCAUGUCUAACGUGAAUGAAGCAGCUCGUCGGCUGUCCAAGAGUGGGACAGGCCUCUAUGCAGUGCUGGAGCUUAAGAAGGGUGCCUCACCUGAAGACAUCAAAAAGUCCUACAGACAUUUCCCAUUGCUUCCCCACCCUCCUUUUGGGUAUUGCCUGGGUAGGAAACUGGCCUUGCGGUAUCAUCCCGACAAGAAUCCAGGGGAUGCUCAAGCAGCAGAAAUAUUCAAAGAGAUCAACACAGCUCACGCCAUACUGAGCGACUCUAAGAAGCGGAAAAUUUACGACCGGCAUGGCUCGUUGGGAAUAUAUCUGUAUGAUCACUUUGGUGAAGAAGGCGUCAGAUACUAUUUUAUUAUGAAUAGUUGUUGGUUCAAGACACUUGUCAUCCUGUGUACACUGCUCACUUGUUGCUGUUGCUGUUGUUGCUGCUGUUUUUGCUGUGGAACACUUAAACCACCACCUGAGCAGGAUAGUGGGAGAAAAUAUCAGCAGAAUGUCCAGAGUCAGCCUCCAAGGUCAGGUGAGAACUGUAGGCAGGGACUAUGA